AUGUCGGAUAGUGACACGGCGGCGCUCGCCGCCCUGCAACACGCUUUAGAUGCCUGCGAGGGCGCGCCGUUUCAGCCGGCGCUCCCCCCGCCUUCGCUGGGGGAGGGGGAACCGCGCGCGGCGGCCUCCGAGAGGCGGCCGGCGCCCCGCCCUGCGGCCGCACAGCCCCCGACGGUGCGGAAGCGCCCCGCAAAUGACACGGCCGUUCUCCCGCGGGUAUCCUCGCCGGACCGGCUCCGCCUGAAAACCUACCGGCUACAGAAGGAGUUUCAGGCCCUCAGCAUGCAGCAUGAACGCCGACACGAGCGGCUGCAGAGCAUCCGGGCCCGCCAGUCCCCCUCACGGUCGUCCGUGUGGGCGGGAAGUGGCCGUCCGUCUGGCAGCGCUGCCGCCGCGUCGCGCCCGUCCAGUGUGAUGCCUGACCACGCGCAGGCGCAGCGCAAGAAGGAGCGGGGGCCCACGCUGCCCAACCUGCUCAAGUGCUUUGAGGACGCUCGGACGCGGUACCUGUUGGAGGGGGAGCGCAGGAAGAAGGCGAUGCCUCCCGUCUACUCUUCGCAGAUACCCCGAGCCGCGGAGGCCGCGCACCGACGGCAGAGCCGAGACAUCAUGAAGGACCCUGACGCCUUUGGACUCCGAUUCUUCAGUCAGUCCUACCUUCAGGAGGCGGGCCGGCGGUAG